CUGAAUGAUAAUGUUUCACGUUUCCUAGUAUCUUUGCCUUUCAAUGCACGUUUCAGUAGAUCUCUCUGGAGUCAUGGGUUGCCCGGCAACACCCUUAGAUUUAUAGGUAUUGGAAGCUGGACACUAUAUUGUGUCAGUGGAAUGGAAACUGACAAAAUCCUUUAUUUUUCCAAAUUGAAAUUUAUUGGCAUAAAAGUUUGUGGGCAUAAAGCAGGGUUUAUGUAAAUCAACUUUCCAUUUAAUAUAGGUGGGUGUGGCGUAUUUGCCUCCUCAAAUCACCUGUAGCAUGCAAAUGUUCUCAUUUAGUAUGUGCACCUGUGAAUAGAAUGAGAGACACUUCAGUUAAUUUAACAACUGCAUAGCCAAAACCAGGACAUAGUGUCGGUACAAGGAAAGAACUAUUUAAUAUGUACUCAUUUUAGGAUAACACCACAAUCAGGAUGAAAAAACAAGGUAAACCACCGAAGACUCGUGAAGAAAGGAUGAUAUGGGAACUGCAUGGGGAGAAAAUUCCAGAUAAUUGAAAGAUGUUUGCAAAAACAAUUGAGCCUCGUUAAAUAAAGGUACUAUUAUUAUUUUAUGAUCUGUUAGGUACAUUUUUUUAUUUUAUUUACUUAACAUAAUGUGUUGUGUCACUUUUAUCUGGAUAGCUGAGUGUUUGUACUUUGUUUUAUUGAGUCAUUUAUUAUUUAAACAUACAUUUCUGUGUGCUACAAAUCUUAUGAGACCCUCUAGUGUUGUAAAAUAUAUUUUUAGGUAUAAACAUAUGUUUCCUGGUAAAUGAUAAUAUGAACCCAAAAAGAUUUGCUUACGUUAUUUUCGAUUUUACAUUAGAGUACUCGCAGGGAAAGCAAAUGAGACCUUGCCAUAAGACAUUGUCAUAUGCAGCGUUGUGGUCUUAAAGUGUGUGAUGUAAAUAUCAAAGGCGGUAGGAAGCCGCGGACGUUGCCCAGUCAAGCGCAGAUAAUGAGUCUCAUGAGGCAAAGCCAUGGAGACUUAAUUCUUCUGAGAUGCCCUCCUAGUGGUAGAAACCCUCCUCUUGAACGCUCAUAAAAACAGCUUGAUGUUUCUGAGGUAGUAACCUACCCACUAUUACGUAAUAUAAUAAAUGUUAUUCACCUUUCAAUCUCCCAUUCUUUUUCAGUCCAUGGCCCGCUCCCGUUGCAAUGGAAAGGUCUUAUGCCUGUUUCUCUUGCCUUGUGUAAUGGUAAGCCACCUGGUGGUUUACAUCAUGGUGUCCAUAUUUGUUGCUGUCUCCUACUCUCCUCCUCCGCCACCACAGUUGCCGCUACAUUUCGUCGCCACUGGAGCCUCUGGCAACUCAGGAGCUCAGGCAUCCCAUCCAGUUCGGCCCUUCUGGAACCUCCGUCUGGAAGAUGGGGCACUCUGGAACCGCCUCCAACACAUUUCGGACAGAGAGCACAAUCCCAUAUUGAGAAAUAAUGUCACGGGGCCCAAAACUCCCCAAGAGAAAAUGGUUGUUUGUGAACAGGAUGAGAUGUGGGCAUCUCAGCUGCAUGACUUUAACACCCUACCUGCUCAAAUGAAGGAUUUUGUCCUAUCUAUGCACUGCAGGUAUUAUCCUAUCCUACUGAACCAACCCAACCUGUGUGCCAGGGAUGGCACUGAAACUGAGACUCCCAUUCUCCUCAUGGCGAUAAAAUCUCAAGUUGGAAACUUUGAAAACAGACAGGCCAUCAGAGAAACGUGGGGGAGGAGCGGUUGGAUCCAAGGGGACGAUGGAGGACGAGUCUGGUUCGUGUGCACCGUCUUCUUGCUCGCCAGGCAGGACACUGAGACUGGGCCUCAUCCGGACCUGAGUGCCCUGCUGGAUUUAGAGAGCAGAACUCACGAGGACAUCCUCCAGUGGGAUUUUAAAGACACUUUUUUCAAUCUGACCCUGAAGGAUAUUCUCUUCUGGGACUGGGUUUCAAAGCACUGUCCGCACAUCCAUUUUAUUUUCAAAGGAGAUGAUGAUGUCUUUCUCAGGACUAGAGCUCUCCUGGACUACCUAAACCAACAUGAAGCUACGGUACAAAAGACAGAUCGAAACGAGACAAAAGAUCUUGAUGAUUUCGUUGUGGGGGAUGUUAUUGCCAAUGCUUGGCCCAAUCGGCAGCCUGGUACUAAAUAUUACAUACCUGACAGCUUUUAUAAGGGAACUUACCCAGCAUACGCAGGAGGUGGGGGUGUGGUUUACACUGGCUCUUUGGUCAUGCGUUUGCAGGAAGUCUCUCGGCGGGUGAGCUUGUUUCCCAUUGACGAUGUUUAUUUAGGAAUGUGCCUUCACAGACUCGGAUUGUCCCCCAGUCAUCAUCCUGGUUUCCUCACCUUUGACCUUCCGGAGGACCUGCGAGAGAAGCCAUGUGCAUAUCAUAAUGUUCUCCUGGUUCAUAAACGUUCCCCUAAGGAAAUGCUAACGCUGUGGAAGGAGCUGCAAGUUCAAACCCAAGAGUGCUAAUAUACAAUAGAAAGUGAGACUGAUACGGAGGGAAUAGUUUGUUUAUGGCUUCAAAUGAUGGUAAUAAUACCCCAGUGGCCAGGUGUUCAAAGUUGUUUUUAUUUUUUCCACAAGGUAUUUUUAUGUCAUUUGGGCGUCAAUUUGCAUAAAAGGCUAACAUUUUCUGUGGUGUUCUCAGGAAUAUGUAUAAGCAGGAAGAGAUUUUGCAUCAGGCUAUAAGAAUUGUCAUUAUUUCAUUGUUAUGAGAGAGGUUUUGAAAUUAAAUGUUUUACUUUUCUGGAAUUAAAUAAGCACAUAACUGAGUCUUCUGGCAGGAGGUGAUCUCAUUGAUUCGAUUUUAAAAGCUAUUAACAUCAGUUAAAAACUGAUCAACAUUCUUCUGCUUUGUAUUUAAAAAGUUACUGUUAGCGCAUGCAGAUUUUGUGCAACAUGCACUUUCUUGAAUUUCCUGUCAUCACAAGGAUUUUAUGUGAAAAGUAUGGCUGUGAGCUGACUGAGAGAGGUAAUUACUGUAGGAAGGUGAAAAUGGUAUAAGAGCAUCUGAAGUCUAUUUGAGACAUUGUGGAGUCCAGAUCUUCUUGAAUAAAAAAUAUCAUGACAUACUGUGAUGACCUGAAAGCCCUAGAGGCAGUUAUUUGGAUUACUGUUUGCCUUCUAAGCCUAAUUAUACCCUGAUGAUGUUGGCUGGCAGACUGAAUUACGAGAACAAAAACCAAUCAUAAUAAUAAUAAAUAAAUAACAAUCAUAAUAAUAAAUAACAAUCAUAAUAAAUAACAAAAAUAAAUGAUUGAAUGGAUGAUUUAUUUAAUUUGCCAAGUAAUUUAUUUAUUACUUUUUAUUUAUGUUUGUCUCGUGUAUAUUUAUCUAUUUUGUGAUCUUUAACAUUUAGCCAUGGUUUUAUGACCAAUAGGUUUACCAUUCUCUACAUUGUUUUUAAUUUCUCUUGAAUUUCUAAUGUUUAUUAGAAUUAGUAGGUAUGGCAUUUUUGCAUUUAUUUAAAAGUUCACAAUCAUCAUUCAGAUUUGUUUCGGUAACUAUGCCAAAUGAAGCUUGCAUAAUUUCAUGUAGAUUGUGUACAAAUGGUUCUCAAAUAAAGGCUAUUUACCUCUUCCAGUUCAUGUGAUUUCUUUUAAAGCAAACAAAUUGUGAAAUUACUAUAUUUUAUUACAUUAACAAUUAGUCAUUUAGCAGAUGCUUUUAUCCAAAGCGACUUACAGCGAGUUCAGGGAGAAAUAAGCGAUAUGUCAUACAGGAGCUAUAAUAAAAUAGCUGGUAAUAAUAAAUUUUAAGUAUAGGUAUUUCUUUAACAAGUAUUCAAUAGUUUAUUUACUUAAAUUACAAGAGUAUUUUUAUUUAAGGCCAACCAGUAUCAAGCUAAUACAAAAUACAGAAAGCUUAAAUGGACAGUUCACCCCUUUAAAUAGAAACUAUUUCAUCAUUUACUCACCCAUGUCAUUUCAAACCUGUAUGACUUCACUCUUCAGCAGAACACAAAAGACGAUAUUUUGAAGAAUGUCGGUAAUCACACGACAUUGGUCCCUCAUUGACUUCCAUUGUUUGGACACAAAACCACUGACAUGUUUCUCAAAAUAUCUUCUUUUGUGUUUCACAAGAAACACAACAGUAGGGUCAUUAAAUGAUGGCAGAAUUUUGGGGGGGAGAGCUAUCCCUUUAACAGCUAUAAAGUAACAAUAGUGAAAUGUCAAUUGUAUAUACUUUUAA